AUGGCUUUCCUCUGGAUCCUCUCCUGCUGGGCCCUCCUGGGCACCGCCUUCAGCUGUGGGGUCCCUGCCAUCCCCCCCAUGCUCAGCGGCCUGACCAGGAUCGUCAAUGGGGAGGACGCCGUCCCUGGCUGCCGGCCCUGGCAGGUGUCCCUGCAGGUGAGGGGCUUCUGCAAGGCAGGGGACAAAACCGGCUUCCACUUCUGCGGAGGCUCCCUCAUCAGUGAGGACUGGGUGGUCACCGCCGCCCACUGCGGGGUCAGGGCCUCACCCCGGCACUCUGGCCCCCACCCCCAGGUCUUCAAGAACCCCAGCUUCAGCAUUUUCACCGUGCGCAAUGACAUCACCCUGCUGAAGCUGGCCACACCCGCCGUCUUCUCCCAGACGGUGUCCGCCGUGUGCCUGCCCAGCGCCGACGAUGACUUCCCCACGGGGACAGUGUGCGUCACCACAGGCUGGGGCAAGACCAAGUACAACGCCAACAAGAUCCCUGACAAGCUGCAGCAGGCGGCCCUGCCCCUCCUGUCCAAUGCCGAAUGCAAGAAGUUCUGGGGCAGCAAGAUCACCGACGAGAUGAUCUGUGCCGGGGCCAGCGGUGUCUCCUCCUGCAAGGUGAGGCUGGCCCUGCCCAGGCCCUGGCCAGGCGAGCGGGGUGCAGGGGAGGGUGACUCCGGCGGCCCCCUGGUCUGCCAGAAGGACAGAGCCUGGACCCUCGUGGGCAUUGUGUCCUGGGGCAGUGGCACCUGCUCCACCUCCAGCCCUGGCAUGUACACCCAUGUUACCAAGCUCAUACCCUGGGUGCAGGAGAUCCUGACUGCCAACUGA